CCGUGAGGCGGGGGGCUGCGCGCGAGCUGCUGCGGGCUCGCCGCUCGGCCUCCUGCGGACAGGCUCGCGCGCCCUGGCGGCCGCCGCCAUCACCAUGUCCGCCGCCAUCGAGCAGGAGUUCCAGGAGAUCGACGCCACGAACGACUGGCAGGCGCGUUAUCUGGAAAUCCGACAUAAAUCCAGUGACUACCCUCACAGAGUUGCAAAAUAUCCAGAAAACAGAAAUCGAAACAGAUACAGAGAUGUUAGUCCAUAUGAUCACAGUCGUGUAAAACUUCAGAACACCGAAAAUGACUAUAUCAAUGCCAGCCUAGUGGUCAUAGAAGAAGCCCAGAGAUACUAUAUUUUAACACAGGGUCCACUACCUAAUACAUGUUGUCAUUUUUGGCUAAUGGUAUGGCAACAACAAACCAAAGCAGUUGUCAUGUUGAAUAGGAUUGUUGAAAAAGAAUCGGUGAAGUGUGCACAAUACUGGCCAACAAAAGAAGAGGAAGUUAUGACAUUCAGUGAAACAGGUUUCCGUGUGAGGCUAGUGUCUGAAGACAUCAAAUCCUAUUACACAGUACAUCUACUGCAAUUAGAAAAUAUCAACAGUGGUGAGUCCAGGAUGAUCUCUCAUUUUCAUUAUACUACAUGGCCAGACUUUGGAGUUCCUGAAUCCCCAGCUUCAUUCCUGAACUUCCUGUUUAAAGUCAGAGAAUCUGGUUCACUGAGUCCCGAGCACGGACCUGCAGUAGUUCACUGCAGUGCGGGAAUAGGACGUUCCGGCACAUUUUCAUUAGUAGAUACUUGUCUUGUUCUGAUGGAGAAAAAAGACCCAUUUUCUGUAGAUAUUAAGAAAGUAUUACUGGAUAUGAGAAAAUAUCGAAUGGGACUUAUUCAGACUCCUGAUCAACUAAGAUUUUCAUAUAUGGCUGUAAUAGAAGGAGCAAAAUUUAUAAUGGGGGAUUCAACUAUACAGAAACGGUGGAAGGAGCUCUCUAAGGAGGACCAAGCGCCAAGUUCCGAGCAGUCUCCUCCACACCCAACCAAAAUAACCACAGAGAAGUACAAUGGGAACAGCAUAGGCCUGGAGAACAAUGAUCAGAUGGAGAAAAUAAACACUGACCUGUCUACUAAGGUUCAAGAUAUCACAGAUGGGAACAUUGAAAAUUCUGUCCGAAAACGACUGCGGGAGGAUAGAAGAGCAAACACAGCACAGAAGCUGCAGCAGAUGAAACAGAAGCUAAAUGAGACUGAAAGAAAAAGAAAAAGAUACUUUAAAGCAGCUAAGGAAAAAGUGCAGGUGAAACUUGGACUGAUACCACACUGUUACUUAUUGCCCUUCUUUUGGCAUGAGGAGGAUUUCCUGGGCUACAAGUAUCCUACAGGCACUGAGCUCUAACUGCAGCUUGUCAAGCUGUCACUUAAUUUUUUUUCCUGAUUACAUCUUCUAAAUUUGGGCUUUUCCAUUUUCUUGAUCCUGAGUAAGCAUUCCUCAGUUCAGGGUGGGGCAGGGCAGGGGGCAGCCAAUUCAGAUCACCUCAUACUCUGUUACCUUCUUGAUGCAAUAAAGCAGGACUUGCACAUUCAGCAGUUGUUCUGUAAAAGUUUGGUUCUGUGAUUGCAAGUACCUUGGGAGUCUUAAUAAUUUAAGGAGGAUGAACCAGUACAAGCCUUGGACAAAACUAUUUUGAACAGUGAAUUGUUCACAAUAGUCUGAGAAUAGUAAGGAAAAUCAAAUUAUUGGUCUCUUUUUACGUUCCAGGAAAUAAUUUGGAUAAAAAUCUUUCUGGUCCAUCACUAAUCCUUAAAACCCAAAAUCUGGAGGAUUGUUUUCCUUGCUGCACACUAAGCCCUUUUGAUACUUUGUUAUUCUGGAGGAUUUCAAUUUGCAGCAUUUUUGCACAGCUUGGAUGUUAAAUAGGAACAAAUAUGGUCCAAAAGGAAAAACUGUCAAUCCCAAUCAUCUCUAUCAUAGGAAAUACUUAAAGAGUGAAAUUGAAGGACGUGCCUUCUGACCCCACUCCUCUCCCCCUCCCUGAUUUCUGGCAAACUGCUGCCUGGUCCCAUGCUACUUCUAAAAUGUCAUUGGGCUCGAUUCAAAAUUGGUUUUGGUUUGGUUGGUGUUAGUUUUCACCCUUCUCUGGAAAUGAAUCAGUCAAAAUAUUUGAUGCAUAGUGGGCAUCUCUGAUUAAACGUUUGGCUCUCAGAUGAACACUUGUGUACAAAUCAGGCACGUUUUCAUAAAGAAAUACCUAGCAAACAUUUGGACCUCCGCUGCAAGGGAUUUGCAAGAUUGGAAUUAAUCCUCUAGGUUUCCUAUUUGUGUUCUUGAUGCAGGGACAGUCCACUUAGUGACGGUACAUCUGUAUUUUCUUUGAAAUGUAUUAAGUAAAAUAAUUUAAUUCAGUGUGAAAUAGCAAUUUGGAAAAACCUCUGGAUUUGUUAUGCAAGUGAGAUGUUGCCAGUGAAAUGUGGCUUAUUCUGUUAAACCUCGAGUAAUAUGGUUUACUGACAUCAGUUUAUGUCCCUCUGAAAAGGGAAGAGGCGUAAAUGUGUAUGCAUGUAUGUGUGACUGGAUCAUGCAGGCGAUGAAAAAGCCUGGUUAGCUUUAUGUUUAAUGAAUGUAAACCAAAUUAUUUAGUUUGCUGUUUGGCAUUAUAGUAAAACCUGAGACACUUGAGGACUGCACGAGAAACUAAAUUAACAAUGACAAAAGAGGAAGUCUUCUGCAGGGCCGAGUGGCUUAAGCCAGAGGAUGGUAUUUGCAAAGGUGAUGUGACACACAGUAGUCUUCCUGGGCCUUUUUGUUUGCCCCCAAAGUUUUAAGUCAGUCUUUCAUUUUUAUGUACAAAAAAUAAACGUGUUCAAAAUUG